AUGAGAGUAGAUGGGAAAUUGUUUGUUGAACACGAUGUAGCUAAACACAAUAGGAAACCUAGGUGUGUGAAUGAAAGGGUAGAGUUAGAGGUAAGUGAUGAAGAGACUGUAGAAGGGAUGAAUGACAGUCAGGAUGAGAGGGCCACAACUCUUGAUGAUGGUUUUGGAGAGGUUGAUGUUACUUUACCAGUUAGUGAGGGGCCUGUUGUAGCUGGUUUGUUGACUUAUCCUAGUAAGAGUAAAGGUGACAGUGAAAAUAAAGGUAAGGAUGACGAAUAUAUUAGUGAGGAUUUACUAAGUUCUGAUCCUGAUGCCUCAGAGGAAGAAAAAGAGCCUAGGUUUGAUAAGUUUAAGAAUGAGGAGAUUAAUAAGGAUUUCAAAUUUAAAUGGGGUAUGGAGUUCAAUAGCUUAGAUGAUUUUAGAGAGGCCAUCCGUGAGUGGACAAUAUUAAAUGGGAGGGAAAUUACCUUUGUAAAAAAUGAGAGUUAUAGAGUGAGGGUUGAAUGCAAGGCCAAAUGUGGUUUUUUAAUGCUUUGCUCUAAGGUGGGCCAUAAGUACAGUUGUGCCAUAAAGACUAUAAAAGAUACCCACACAUGUGCUAGGGUUUUGGAUGACAAAAGUGCAAGUUCUAAGUGGGUGGCUAAGGUUGUGGUAAAAAAGAUGAGAACAUCUGACAAGGUAAGGAUAUGUGACAUAAUCCAAGACAUGAGGCAAAAUUAUUCUGUUGGGAUCACUGUGUGUAGGGCAUGGAAAGAAAAGUUGAUUGCCAAAAAAAUCAUUGAAGGAGAUGCAGACAAGGAGUAUGCAAAUUUGUGGAGGUAUGCAGCUGAGUUGCAUAGGGCCAAUCCUGGAAACACUAUGAAGAUAAACAUAGAGAGGCCUUUACCUACCAUCCAACCAAGGUUUGGAUCUUUUUAUUUCUGUUUUGAUGGAUGUAAAAAAGGUUUUACAAAUGGUUGUAGACCCUUCAUUGGGGUAGAUGGAUGUCAUUUGAAAACAAAGUAUGGAGGUCAACUAUUGAUUUCUGUUGGAAGAGACCCAAAUGAUCAAUACUUCCCUUUGGCCUUUGGAGUGGUGGAAACAGAAAUAAGGAAUCAUGGAGGUGGUUUAUACAACUGUUAA